UUUACCGCUUGCACGCCGAUAGCACGCCGAUAGCACACACAGAUCGUAAAAUGGCGGAGACAGAGUAUGUCGUGCAGCAAUCCGAUUUGAGAGAAUUUAUCACCAAUUGUAUGACUCAAGUGGGAGCCUGUCCUGAACAUGCCGACACUUUGGCUCAGAAUCUGUUAGCCGCGGAUUACAGGGGCCAUUAUAGCCAUGGGUUGAACAGAUUAGGUAUGUAUAUGGCUGAUAUAGAGCAGAAUAUGGUAGAAACAAAAGGCGAGCCUAAAAUUUUAAAACAGACGGUUUCUACUGGUCUUGUUGAUGGUAAUAAUUUACAAGGUCCAGUGGUAGGAAAGUUUUGUAUGGAAUUGGCUAUACAAAAAGCUAAAGAAACUGGUAUUGGAUGGGUAACAGCUCGACAUUCCAAUCAUUUUGGUAUAGCUGGAUGGUACAGUAUGAUGGCACUAGAACACAACUUAAUAGGAAUGGCAUAUUGUAACACGUCACCCUGUAUGGUGCCAACACGAGCACGAAAGAAAGUAUUAGGAACGAAUCCUAUAUCUGUAGCAGCACCAGCUAAUAACGAUGAUAACUUUGUACUGGAUAUGGCUACAACGGCAGUAGCAUUAGGAAAGGUGGAGAUUAAACAUGUUAUGGGACAACCUAUUCCACCCACCUGGGGUGUUGAUAAUGAAGGUCAGGUAACUACUGAUCCUAAAGCUGUAUUUUUAGAAGAUGGCGGUUUACUCCCUCUAGGUGGAACAGAAGAAACAGGUGGAUAUAAAGGCUAUGGUUUAGGAAUGAUGGUGGAAGUCUUCUGUGGUAUUUUAAGUGGGGCAAACUUUGGUAGCAAAAUACGUCAUUGGUCAUCUCACUCAGAAAUAUCUAAUUUGGGCCAGUGUUUUGUAGCUUUAGAUCCGUCUGUAUUUGCUCCGGGUUUUACAGAUAGAAUGAGUGAUUUAAUGGAUCACUGUAGAAAUUUACAACCGGCUGAAGGUAGUGCUGGGCCUGUAAAAGUAGCCGGUGAUCCAGAAAGAGAGCAUGUUAAGAAAUGUGAUGAACUUGGAGGGAUCCCAUACCCAGCUCAACAAUUAGCAGCUGCCGAUGGGUUAGCCAAGAAAUGUGGCGUGGAACCUUUGAAAAGGCUGAAGGCUUUAUAAUGGUAGUAGAGCAUAUGAGUAUAAAUUAAAGCGGCCGUUUCAUAGAUUCUCUAGAUUACAAUCUCUUGAACACAAUCUAAGGGACCUCUAUAUGCUAUAAAUGUCUACAUGAAUAUAUGUAAAUUAAACCAGUAUAUGUUGAUAAUUAUAAACUGAUUUGAUUGGUAUAUAUGAAUAAUUAUAGACUGAUUUGAUUGGUAUAUGUUGAUAAUUAUAGAUCGAUUUGAUAUAGAUGUGGAUAAUUAUAGAUCGAUUUGAUUCCGAAAAUGUAGAUCAUUAUAGACUAAUUUGGUAAUUAUAUACACAGAUGUAUUUUCUUAAAGAAGUAAAUCAAAUAAAUUUCUAAUGUUUUAUAUUUUAAUUAUCAAAAAUAUUUUACAUAUCAUAAUUAUUAUGUAACUUUGUUUAUAUAUAAAUUUACAUUUGCUAUAAAAAAAUUUGUUUUUCUAUUUCUGUAUAUAAAAAACAAUCCCACAGUUAUUAUUACAAACUAAAAUCAUCAAUCUGAUUAAAAUACAGAUCUAUAUUUCGUUUCGUUUUUUUAUACUUUCGAUGGCCUACACUACAUGAAGUAGUAAAGACAAGUAAAAUGAAAUUUUGAACUAUAAAAACGAAACGAAAUAGGAUCUGUAAAAUCAUUUAUAUCAGAUCAAUUAUUUAUAUAAGAACAUUUCUUAUGGGCAGUUAAUCCAAUUAAAGAUUGCCCCUUUUUU